CUCCGUUGCCCCUGGCAACGCGGAAGCGUUCGGCGUCGCACCGGAAGCUGAAAGCGCGUGCGCGGCGGCUGCUCGCUGCUUUAUUAUCUUAUUUUAUUAUUAUAUUUUUAUUGUUGUGGAAGGGUUUUUUUUUCCCCCCCACAACCCAUAUGUUGUUUUACUACAGCGAUACGUUAUUGUCGUUUUGCGGCUGUGCGCUUGCAACCGUACUGUUGUCGCCGGUCGGUAUUCUUUUUUUUUAAAUUUCUUUUACCGGGGGUGAGGCGUUGAAUGCGAGCGCCGUGUUGUGUUUUUGCCCUCCUCGGCGGCCGCGGGACUGCGUCGGGGAAGAUGAAUCAAAAUAAGAUGAGGGCUCGCGUGGUGCCCAGCACGGUGAACAUCUAUGGCCUACAGAUAAUACCCAAGACCCUUAUUAGUGACAGGCUGUCUUCACCAAGUAAACAGCAGUCUGAGUACAGGGUAAACAAGGACCAGCAGGCAGGGUCAAAAGUCCCGGAGAGCCAGCUCUUCUACGGCCGAUGCGCAACUACAGAUGGGCAGCUGCUGAUUAGAGAAACCCAGCACCAGCCCUACAAGCUCGACGGCCGGUUGUCCCGUGGCAAGGUGCGUGUGCCGGCCACGGCUUUUGUGGCCGACCUGUCGGUACCGGCGCACCACACGUUACUUCACAGGCCCACGGAGGCCCACAGCACCUUUGCCGUGUUUCCUGACAACCGACUGGCCCAGGGCCCGGGCUCCACGUCACGGCACGGUGCACAGCGCGCAGGCUCUGCCAAGGCAAACAGCAGCCAGGCCAGCAUGCCCUACUUGCCAGGAGACCGUGUGAUCUUCACGGAAUCUUCCACCGCGCCUGGAAUUCCCAUUGUGUACCGGACAGUGGAGGAAAGAGCAUACAACCCAGAGAGACUCAACCUUGACAGCCGUGGGAUGACCAUGUGCCCCAUCCUGGAUGGCGAGGAGGACCUGCGGCUGCUCAGCCUGCAGCACAACCUCAUCCGCCGAGCGCAGCACCUGUCCCACCUCCGCCGCCUUGUCUUCCUCGACCUGUACGCUAACGAGCUGGAGGAGAUCUCGGGGCUCUACAACCUUCGCUCGCUGCGGGUGCUCAUGCUCGGCAAAAACAGGAUCCGAAAGAUCACAAGCUUGGAGAGCCUCACCAAGUUGGACGUCUUAGACCUGCAUGGCAACCAGAUUGUGCGAAUAGAGAAUCUGAGCCACCUGUCGGAGCUGCGGGUGUUGAACCUGGCAGGGAACCAGAUAACGCACGUGGACAGCCUACGGGGGCUGCACUCUCUGGCUGAGCUCAACCUCCGCCGUAACAACAUCUCCAGCAUGAAGGAGGUGGACUGUCUGCCAUCUCUGCAGCGUCUCUUUCUGAGCUACAACAACAUUGCAAACUUCGACGGGAUAGUGUGCCUGAGAGAGGCUCCGUCGCUGUGCGAGGUUGCGUUGGAUGGGAAUCCGCUGGCACAGGAAGCAUGCUACCGACAGACGGCGCUGCGCCACAUGGGGCAGCUGAGGCAGCUGGACAUGAAACGCGUCACGGAAGAGGAGAGGCGAUUGGCCUCCCUCUUGGCCAGAAAACAGGAGGAGAAGAAGCGAGAAUUCCAUAAGCAAGCCAUCCAGAAGGAAAAGAGACGUCUGGCCCUGCGCAACGUGGCACGCCAUUGGGAACAGCAGCAGCAACAGCAGCAACAGCAGCAACAGCAGCAGCAGCGCACCCUGACUUGGACCUGGACUAGUCAACCCCUCGAUGUGUCAUCUGGACACACAGCGCUCAGCUCAUCCACAUCAGCCGAGCAGCUCUCCUCUCAGCAGUGGCCAGAAGACAGCAGCCUACUAAGCGGAGCUAGCAGUCGGGAGAGUUUGUCGGCGGGAGACGCGAGGCUUCCCACGGGUGAUGAGGAGCCCACGGGGAGCAAGCUGCAGUCGCUCGCCUCCAGCCCCGUUGACAGCUGCACGGACACCAGACCUCUCCCCGCCGAUGGGCUAGCAGACUCGCUACGCCUCCUCUCUCUGACGGAGGAGCACCUGGCUGAGAUGGAGGGUGACACACUGCGCCUGUUCGGCCGCGGGGCCCUCGAGGCGCUGGACCGGAGCUGGGGCGCGCACGCGGCCGCCACCAUCACCGCCGUCUCCUUCUCCUACGUGGAUUUCGACGAGGUGGCCGGCGUCUUGGGGAAGCUGCGCGCAAGGUUUCCUGGCACAGCGCACCUCCAGUUCACCGAGACCAACCUGCAGAACCUGCAGCAGCUCAACGCUCUGGCCCAGCUGCGUCGCAUCGAGCAGCUGACCGUGAACCCAGCUGGAAACUCGCUGACAGCUCUCUCGUUGUGGACGGCCUACGCCACCUUUCGCCUCCAUCACCUCGGACUGCGACGUAUCAACGGGCAGGAGAUAUCGGCGACAGAUGUCACAGCUGCAGAGGCGAUGUUCGGUUCCCUCGCCCGAUUGACUGCCCCGCGGGCAUCGACCUCGGCGCUCGGGGACGGCAGGAAGAAGCUGCCAGCGGCUGCUGCCGCCGCGUGCACUGCCGAGAGCAAGGGCAAGAGGGCAAGUGGAGGACCCGUCGCCGACGAUGGGCGGGAGCGUGGCCCGGCACCCGUGGAUUCGGCCAGCCUCGCCGGCCUGCAGUUCUACUCCCAGGAGGCGUUGGACAGGAUGUGUCAGGAGCAGGAGGAGAAGGGGCGCUUCUGCCAAGACUACGUGAAAGAGCUGGUGGACAGAGUGGUUCUGCAAGAGAAGAAACAGGAGGCGUUGCAAAUAAUUUGGCCCCAGUUCUUCCUUGAGAUGGUCACGGAUGCCGUUCUUGAGACACAAGAUUCCGACACGUAUGUGUCCAGGCGCAUGAAGGAGCUGACUGAGGAGUGAUGUGGAGAUGAAACCAAAGGCUGCACAUAUGAUCCCAGCUGCCAUAAAACAAAACAAAAUCAACAAAGAAAUGCUCUCAUGCACACAUGUGACCAUGUGGUUCUCAGACUUUUGCGGCGAGGAAGUGACUGAAUUAAUUGUGCACUCGCAGAAGAGACAGCAUGGACACACUCCAGGAAAAAACAGUAUUUUCCUUCAUGAUACUGCUUCAUACUUAACAACAUUAUUGGCAGUGCUUAAUCAAAAUAAUGUAUCAGGUUAGAUGGCCACCCUUCCCUCUGUUAUUCUUUCAUAAUGAAAAACAUACAAUGGUACUUGUAUCCUCAAUUAAAGAAUGUGGGUUUUAUUCUAAAGUAUUCACAGAAGGAAGUCCAAUAACUGUGCAAAUUUUCACUUCACCGUUUACUGUGUAGACACUGACUGUGGAAAUUGCCCGUGCUGUAGCUAAACAACUUAUAUGUAUUACCUAUCACUAUUUAUAUUUAUUAGGCUCGGCGUAGGCAAUUCCACAGUCAUGGCUUCCUUCGAUCAAAUGAAUACAUCAAAAGAUCUGUUCAAGGAAAAACAUGGUGAAACAUUUCAAUUUCACUGGUCGCUUAUUUCGUCUUUAUAGAUAUAUAAAAAAAAAAACCUGUAAUAUCGCUGAAAAAAUGCAAUGGCCACAUAUUGAGCUCUGUCUCAGUAUAGUUACCUUGGUAUCCAAGAAAAUUAUUCUCGUCCUGAUUUGGGAGAUCAUUUACAUUUACCACACGCCUCGUUGCACGGAAGGCGCAGGAGGCCAGCCCCCCCCACCACCACCACCACAUCGUACUGGUGUGCUUGCGUGCCUGCCAUUCGCUUGUUAAGCAUCUCAUACAUUUAUCUAACUAGAAUGUGGUAAACCCAUUGCCUUCCACUUAAACGUAUGUAUGCACUGCUGGAACGGCUAAUGUGCAAUAUUGCCAACAGCUGCAACCGGAGCAUUAAGAAUUUGUUUAAAACUGUGUAAUUGGUUGGUGGCAGUUGCGUGUACGUGUGUGUAUUUACUUCAUAGGUUCAACAUGGUAACAUAUACGGCACAUUUUGAACAAGUGUAUACUCUUGCAGUAUACACAUCAUAUUAACAUAUACUGUAUGUCAUUGCACUAAUCCUAAUGCAUGAAUAGAUGUAGGCAGAGAGAUAAAUCAAAGUGGUGUUCACCUUCUUUUGAAGGGAAGUGCUUUAAGUUAUCACAGCCAUCGUGCUGCACAUUUCAGGAAGCACGCGGUGGAAACUGAAGUUUGAUGAAGUGAUACGCCUCUCCAACCAUGAGGGAACCUCACUAAAUAUAGCCAACCACACAUCUGCUGCUAUUGUGACAAGUGCCACACAGCAAGGAUGGUUUUAGCACUUGUGUGAGUAAUGGACCGAGAGAUGUCAAACCAUGGACCCACCACAUCCUCGGUGAACGCAUAAAUCUCUCAACGUCGCUGGCACAGUUGCUGAAUGGUGAAUGGCUAGCGUUCACGUGUGGUGGCGCGCACAAUCGCCUGUAAUUCUCGUGACUUGAAGGCGGGGAAAGGUGGAUGGGACAUUUGUGGCCUGCUCGGUGAUUCGGUGCUGCUGGUACACAAAGUACGUUUUUGAUUUAUCCUCGUGGGCGUUGGGCUUGCUGUGGUUCUUGCUCCGGCUGUUCCGGUUGCCUUCCACAAACAAAAUGUUUUCAUUGGCCAAACGAUUAAAAUGCGAGAUCCUUCGUGAAAUGAGUUUUGUUACUGAAGGCUUUUUUUGUGUAAAUUAAUGUGUUUCCAUUUCAUUGGGGCCUACGCUUUGUUAUGAAUUAAAGCAAAGACAUGUUUUGUCUUCCUGGUAUAUUUAAAAGCAAAGCAAUUAGCUGCUCAGUGCAGUCUUAUAUACAUAUUUAUUUUCUCUUGUGAGAAAUCGUGCAUGAAUUCGCUUUUUUUUUACUGAAGUAUGUCAGCCCUGAUGUGAAUGGUGAUUGCAGUUUAUUUAUUUUAUUGCACGUGUGAUUUGCGCAAGCCUUGAAGUUAUAUAUCAAACUAAAUAAAGGACGUGUGUUUGAGAAUC